GUGGCGUGCGCGGUAGCGUUUUAGGCUUGCCCCCCCUGGACUUGUGACUGACCUUUGCUGCAUUGCCAACGCGAAUCCAUUCCCCUCUCCAGCAUUUUUUGACCUGCCAUCACAUCGUGUCGUUAGGCUUCUAUGUUUUACAUUCUUUCAGGUUUCAACUCUUUGAGAUACCCAGGGCGCGUCUGAUUGUUUCUUCUUUUGUAGAUUGUCCGUUUUCUGUUUAUCUGCGAUCUUUUGAUUGGGAGAUCCUUUUUUUUUUCUUCUGGGAGAACCAACCAACCACCCCCUCAUCAUUUUUAUUUUGUUUUUGGGAAUCCAUCCCGUCUCAUCUUGGGAGCUCCACGCCCCUACACCGCCGAGUGAAGCCCAACCUUGCCUUGCAGUCUCGUAGCAACCAAACAAAAAAUCGUUCCGAACCGACCCCCCAUUAUUCAGCUAUCAUCUCGAGUUGGGAGGGACCGUUUCUUCUUCCUCGCACAAACUCUGUCGAUUUUCUUCUCUGCGAAUCUUUCCAACCCUUUCGUCGUCCCGUGUGAUGAAACGAAACAAGAGUCCAAAUUCAGCUUAGCCUCAUCUUUUCAACAACCUUCUUCUUCUCCAUCUCGUCUCAAGCAAGCACCCUUUAAGGGGUGUUGGCAUGGUCCACCAUGCCUUCCAAAGAGUACGACAGGGAUAAUAUGAUUCAUGUCGACGUCGACGACGAAGAUACUGCAUCCGCGCUGCCGAAGCGGAAGAGCAGCCGGGCUGAGCGUCCUUCGGGCGACAGGGACAAAGACCGGGACCGAGAUCGAGACCGGGAUCGAGACCGAGACCGCGACCGGGACCGCGAACGCGAACGCGACAGAGAUCGGGACAAAGACAGAGACAGAGAGAGAGACCGCGAACUCCGCCACAAGUCGUCACGCUCCUCGAGACAUCCCCGGACCACGGGCGAUAGCGAUCUGCAGUCUUCGUCCCAUUCUCACCGCAAGCGCCGACCCAAGGACCGGGACCGCGAUAGAGACAAGGAACGCGACAGAUCCAGAGACAGGGACCGUGACAGAUCCAGAGACAGAGAGCGACACAGGGAGAAGGACCGCGACAGGUCGAGGUCGAGAUCCCGGUCUCGCGACAGGCAGAACCGAUCCGAUGGCGUGGACAAGUCGGAGCUGAGCGCGGACGUGGUCCCGGAGAUUGCCCGUACCCGCGCCCCGCGGCCGUACCCGGGGUUCAGCAAAGCACACAGUAAGGAGAGCGUCGCACUAGACAGCAAGGAGGACCUCUCACAGCAGCAAUCGCCCGCAGUGUCGAGGACCCGCCGGAGCAACGAUCCGCCCACCCCCGAAGCCACCGACUUUGGCAGCGGUGAUGCAGGCAGCGACAAGCUCAAGCGAUCCAAGUCGGUCGACGAGAGGAAGUCAUCCUCGAGCCUCCGCAAGAGCAACGACCGACCGCCCAGCCCACCCGAGACGAACCUGUCGGAGCCCAAGGAUCGCAGGAGUUCGGGCACUCCGACCUCUACGAGAUCGCGGGAUCGAGACGAUGCUGAAGGAGGUGGAGGCGGCGGGGUGCGCUCGACCGUCACGUCGUGGCUGUCGAGAGCAUCUUCAAAGCACGAGGAUAGGUCCAAGGUUUCAACAAAGUCUAGAGCGUCGUCGAGCCAAGCCACGUACCUGCGCGCGCCGACCGAGACGGAGACCAAGGCGACCUCGAGAUCAGGUGCACCCUCGACGGCGUCGUCGAAGCGUACAAUUCACGUUAGCACGAGUCGUCCAGACCCAAUUGACGUUAACUUUUCUCCAGAAUCGGCGCAGGAUUCCUCUCCCAAAACACCCACAGCCACUCCACAGUUCCCUCCGCCGCCACCGCCCAUGUUCUCUGACAGCAAGCGCGGCGCCGGUGGCCUACGCAUCCACGAUCCGCCAGAGCCCGUGCAGACGCCCUCUCACGGCUAUGGGCCUCCGCCACCGCCACCCCCGCCUCCGCCCCUGAGUAUAUCCGAAACACCCAAGGUCAACUAUCUAAUGCAGCACGGCGGGCUGCCCAAACCCGUCUCCAAGAACUUCCUAGACGCCCUUCCCCGUCAGAACGGGACCAGGCCCUCCAACCCUCCGCUGAGCGGCACCGAGACGCUCUUUGCCCCCUUCUUUAACCUUUUAGACCAGUAUCAGACGGUGUUGGAAAACCAAGGAUCCGUCGCUGUGGCCACGGGCCACAAAACCAUUGCCAGGCGGAUAUUGGACCGUCUGGACAAUGUAUUCACUAGAGACUUGCCCGAUGAUGGCUGCAGCUGUGUCAUGUGUGAGAAGACCGGCAGGCUCGCCCGAGGUCUGGGAUGGGGAGAGGUUUUGGAAAAGUACAAGAGCGAGAAUCCGCCGUGGCCGCCCUUUGACCUGAGUUCUCUAGGCAUUAGAGAUCCCGAUGAGGUGGUCGAUAGUCUCCCGCCGCGACCUGACUCGCCUAUAAAAAUGGAUCCCGAUAUUGCAGAAGAAUUCCGCGGCCACUACCUGCGGCAGAACAAAAAGGUCAAGGCGGCUGUUGACAAGUGGUUGACUAGUUGCGCUGAGGCGCCGCCGCCGCAGGAGGUGGAUGAUGAAACACUCACCUUUGCCAUCCUCACCAACCUCGAUAUUGAAGAGCAACCCUACUUCAACGCGCUGCUUGCCGGGUCGAAGGAGUUGCAGCCUGCGAUGCGCGCACCAACGCCCAUGCGCAAGAAGCCCCGACAGGAUUUCCUCGUGCGUACCGGGCUCGCCUUGCAGCGCUGGUAUGGUCUGCAACUGGUGCCGCGCGACGCCGAGACGGCUGUUUAUCUUAUCAAGAAUCUGCACAUGCACGAUCUCCUCCGCGCCGUCAGCGAUAUCAACACCUCUGAAUGGGAGCUGCUGACCUCGGGCCGUUUCGAUGGAUUUUUGUGGAAUGGUGCCGAUGAUUCGAUGAAUGAUCUGCUUACACCGAUCGCCGAGACGCCUUCGUCCCGCGCUGGAACGCCCAACGCGAGUGGCUUCUUCUCCCCGCCGAUGCGGAACUUUACCCCAUCCCGGGGUCCUACGCCCUACAGCCGCGGGCCGACCCCCGCGUCGUUCAUCAGCGGCGUGUCGUCGGCCGUUGUCGUACCCCCUGGGAUGCCGGGCGGCGGCAACGUUGGUGGCAAGACCGCUGUGACACUGGACGAGGAGCUUGAGGUUCAGGUCUUGUCCGAAGUGGAGCGGCACAUCUACCAGGGCAUGGAAGCGCUCGAGGACGCCUUUGAGGUGCUCCACCAGCGGGCCGAGGCGGUGCGCAACGCACUGCGACAGCGCAACGCAGGCCUGCAGAUAGGUUUGUCGCGGCGGCGGGCCGGUAGCACGGCUCUGCCGACUGUGGCUUCUGGCGGGAGCGUAGGCACGGGCCAGGACGGCUCGCCGCGGUUUGACACGUUCUAUGGUCAGGACGACGACACCUUCUCCAUGGCCAACGAAUCAGACUGGGGCGCAGACGAGUUUGGUGAGCUCCGGCCGGACGACUCGGCCAGCAACAUCAGCAGCUCGAGGCACAGGCGGCCCAAGAGGAGGAACGAGAGGAGGACGCCGGCGCCGAUUGAGGAGGAGGAAGAGUAAUUUUAGAAGACUUGAUGUGUGUAAAUGAGAACGAAUUUGAUGAACUAUGACGGGUAGGGAAAUGGAAUGGCGGUGUUUUCUUUCUAUUUUUUGGUUCUUUUUGUCAAGGGGCAUUGACGGAUUUGUCAAGUUUCUUUUUUUCUCUUUCUUCGCUUCUUCAAACUUUUGCACGAGCAUCAUGUCUGAUAUUAUUAUUGCAUCUUUGCGGCGAGAUACCACUGCAUAGGGACGAUUUUGGGAAUCUCUCGAAAUGAAUACAUAUUCUUGGGUUUCCAUGCCUCUUUUUGUUCUGCACUGUUUUACGUGAAGGGUUGAGGACUCUCAAAUAUAUUUUGACAUACCGGUUCUAUCGAUUCUACACGCCCUCACUCGCCACAAACAAAAUUUGCCCCCGCCGCUCAUUCAC